AUAUGGAGACCGAGGCCUUAGCGCGUUAUCACUCAUCACUCCUCCUCUGAAGCUAUGGCUUCUUUGCCUUGGUCGCUCACAACCUCCACCGCCAUCGCCAACACCACCAACAUUUCAGCCUUCCCACCUUCUCCCUUGUUUCAAAGGGCUUCUCAUGUCCCCGUAGCCAGAAACCGAAGCCGCAGAUUUGCUCCUAGUAAGGUGUCGUGCAAUUCUGCGAAUGGUGAUCCAAACUCGGAUUCUACCUCCGACGUUCGAGAAACUUCCUCAGGGAAGUUAGAUAGGAGGAAUGUUCUUCUUGGCAUAGGAGGGCUGUAUGGUGCUGCUGGCGGUCUCGGCGCCACUAAGCCAUUAGCCUUUGGGGCUCCUAUCCAGGCACCGGAUAUAACCAAGUGUGGUACCGCCACCGUGCCUGCUGGUGUAACGCCCACAAAUUGUUGCCCGCCAGUCACCACAAAGAUUAUAGAUUUCCAGCUACCUUCCUCAGAUUCCCCCAUGCGUACCAGGCCAGCUGCUCACUUGGUCACCAAAGAGUACUUAGCCAAGUAUAAAAAGGCCAUUGAGCUGCAGAAAGCUCUUCCUGAUGAUGAUCCGCGUAGUUUCAAGCAACAGGCUAAUGUCCAUUGCACCUAUUGCCAAGGGGCUUAUGAUCAGGUUGGGUAUACCGACCUAGAACUCCAGGUUCAUGCUUCAUGGCUUUUCCUCCCUUUCCACCGUUACUAUCUCUACUUCAAUGAGAGAAUUCUUGCAAAGUUGAUCGACGAUCCCACCUUCGCUUUGCCCUAUUGGGCUUGGGAUAACCCUGAUGGCAUGUAUAUGCCGACCAUCUAUGCUAGUUCCCCAUCAUCACUCUACGACGAGAAGCGCAACGCCAAGCACCUGCCUCCGACUGUGAUCGAUCUCGACUACGAUGGCACCGAACCCACAAUCCCUGAUGACGAACUAAAAACCGACAAUCUGGCAAUCAUGUACAAACAAAUUGUGUCGGGUGCCACGACUCCUAAGCUUUUCCUUGGUUACCCAUACCGCGCCGGCGAUGCGAUUGACCCUGGAGCGGGUACCCUUGAGCACGUCCCACAUAAUAUAGUCCACAAAUGGACUGGUCUUGCUGAUAAGCCUAGUGAGGACAUGGGAAACUUCUAUACUGCCGGCAGAGACCCCAUAUUCUUCGGUCACCACGCCAAUGUCGAUCGGAUGUGGAAUAUAUGGAAAACUAUAGGAGGUAAAAAUAGAAAGGAUUUCACGGAUACGGAUUGGCUUGACGCCACGUUCGUCUUCUACGACGAGAACAAACAACUUGUUAAAGUCAAGGUCUCGGACUGUGUCGACACUUCCAAGCUGAGAUACCAAUAUCAGGAUAUUCCUAUUCCAUGGCUACCAAAAAAUACGAAGGCCAAAGCGAAGACGACCACCAAAAGUUCCAAGUCGGGAGUGGCGAAAGCGGCCGAGCUCCCAAAGACGACGAUCAGCAGCAUUGGAGACUUCCCAAAAGCUCUUAACUCAGUGAUAAGAGUAGAAGUUCCAAGGCCAAAGAAAUCAAGAAGCAAGAAGGAGAAAGAGAAUGAGGAAGAGGUGUUACUGAUAAAAGGAAUAGAGCUAGAUAGAGAGAAUUUCGUGAAGUUUGAUGUGUACAUCAACGACGAAGAUUAUUCAGUGAGUAAGCCUAGGAAUAGCGAGUUUGCAGGAAGCUUUGUGAACGUACCACACAAGCAUAUGAAAGAAAUGAAGACGAAGACCAAUCUGAGGUUGGCGAUAAAUGAGCUGUUAGAGGACUUGGGAGCCGAAGAUGAUGAGAGUGUGAUCGUGACUAUAGUCCCUCGUGCUGGGGGCGAUGAUGUCACCAUUGGUGGAAUUGAGAUCGAGUUUGUUUCCGAUUGAUCCCACCUUUCAAUGAUUUUCCAUUAUAUGUAUGUAUCAGGUAAGUCACAUCUUUAUGUGACUAAUGGAAAAUGUGAGACCUCUCUGUACUCUCCCGUCAAGUCUUUUAUUAAUUUAGAGCUGUUUGGUUUAAAUUUAAGGGGUUUUUAAUUGGUGUUA